CUUUGCUUUAUCUCUGUUCUCACAAUAAUAGAGAGGCAAAAAAAUCAGCAGACCAAUAAUUUAUUUUCUCUGCCAUCUCCCAAAUUGCCACGUAACUAAUUUCCAUUUCAUUCUCUCUUUCCUCCUUCUUACCCAAUUCAAUUCUGUUUCUUCUUCAACAAUUCUCUCAUCUCUUCCUUAAAUCUUCAUUUUUUACCACACAAAUUCAAUUAAUUCGUCUCAUUUUCUGGAUUAUAGUUGUCUCUGUCCAUUUCAGUCGGUGCCGGAGAAUCAUGCCGCCGGCUCUAUUGGAUCCGCCAUUGCCAAUAACAUCGUCGGUGCCUUCUUUAACCUCCGACACCAUUUCUCCGGCACCGGCGUCGGAGAGUCAGCUAUUCGAUAAUCUUAGAGGCUUGCAGUGGCGUGUAAAUCUUGGUGUUUUGCCAUCUUCUUCUUCAACUUCCUUUGAUGAUCUUCGUCGUGCCACCGCUAAUUCUAGAAGGGGGUAUGCUAGUUUGAGAGGGAGGCUCUUGGUUGAUCCCCACAUUACAAAGGAUGGAACUAGUUCACCCAAUCUUGUCAUGGAUAACCCACUUUCACAAAAUCCAAACAGUACAUGGGGUCGCUUUUUUCGCAAUGCCGAGCUAGAGAGGAUGGUUGAUCAGGAUUUAUCACGUUUAUACCCAGAACAUGGCAACUAUUUCCAGACACAAGGGUGCCAAGGCAUAUUGAGACGAAUUUUAUUAUUAUGGUGUCUUAAACACCCCGGGUAUGGUUAUAGACAAGGAAUGCAUGAGUUACUUGCUCCUUUGCUUUAUGUUCUCCAAGUUGAUGUCGAGCGCGUUGUAGAAGUUCGAAAAGUUUACGACGACCACUUCACAGACAGAUUUGAUAGUCUCUGUUGUCAAGAUAAUGAUCUUUCUUACAGCUUUGAUUUUAGAAAAUCUUCAGACUCGACAAAGGAUGAAAUUGGCUCCCAUGGAAAUGCAACAAAUAUCAAGAGUCUUGAUGAGCUUGAUCCUAAGAUACAGACUAUUGUAUUGCUAAGUGACGCUUAUGGGGCUGAAGGUGAACUGGGCGUUGUUUUAUCUGAGAAAUUUAUCGAGCAUGAUGCUUACUGUAUGUUUGACGCUUUAAUGAAUGGGGCCCACGGUUCAGUUGCAAUGGCCGAUUUUUUCUCUUAUUCCCCUGUUGCUGGGUCUCAUACUGGUUUGCCACCCGUAAUUGAAGCUUCUGCUGCAUUGUAUCAUUUGCUGUCUCAUGUGGAUUCAUCUCUGUAUAGCCAUCUUGUUGAUCUCGGGGUUGAACCUCAGUACUUUGCUCUGCGCUGGUUGAGAGUUUUAUUUGGACGGGAAUUUCCACUUGACAACCUCUUGAUCAUUUGGGAUGAAAUCUUUUUAUCAGAUAAUAGUAAAAUCGAAAAGCACGUGGAGGACAACACAGACCCUGGUUUUAGGAUCUUACAUUCAUCUCGUGGAGCAUUUAUCUCAGCUAUUGCUGUGGCAAUGUUACUUCAUUUAAGAUCUUCACUACUUGCGACCGAAAAUCCUACAAUCUGUCUCCAGAGAUUAUUAAGCUUCCCCGAAAACACGGACAUUAAAAAACUAAUAGAAAAGGCUAAAUCCUUGCAGACUCUUGCAUUAAGCACUGAAAUUUCAUCCUCAACACCUACAUUUGUAGAGUAUGAGAACAAGGGUAAAUCGGUUAUUACAAGAUCAAUUACCAUUCCAUGUGAAUCAGGCUCGCCUAAAACUCCUACGAACUUAAUACCUGAUAAUAGCUACUGGGAAGAAAAGUGGAGAGUUGUCCACCGUGCUGAAGAACUAAAACAAGAUGGAGUAGAAAAACAGGUUCCAUCUCAGAAAAAGAGAUGGACAGAAAAGGUCAAGUUAAGUUUGAAAAGAACGGAAUCUGACCCGUCUUCGUCAAGGAUUACGAGUGGUCAAAAGGAAUCUAAGGCAUCUGUUAAGCGCAAUUUGUUAGAAGAUCUUUCCAAGGAACUUGGGUCAGAGGAAGAUACAGAAAAACUCUACAAUCAUGAAAUCUUGUGCCAGCAGGAUAAUCAUUCGGUUGCGGUUGAAGUUGAGCAACUAGAUGAUGGCUCUGAAGGCAGCAACAAUUACUGUGGUGAGGAUAGACGUCUAAAUAGAAACACUGUUAGUGAGGAAAACUCAUUGAACCCAGCUAGUCCUCCUAAUGAGAUCAAAGAUCAUGAAAAUAACUCACUGAAAAGUAGUGUUGGGUCUAAUUUUUCCCUUGAUGAAAUUAAUGAAACUUCACAUUGUAGUCCCGUUGAUUCGCCUCUUCCAAUUUCCAAUCAUCCCGAGAGUAACAUGUCUCAGGUGCCAGGGUGGAAUAAUGAUUCCACAGGAAAUUCGGCCGCACUUUCUAAAGAUAGAAAACUAAAUAAAUUCCAGUGGCUUUGGAAGUUUGGUCGUAAUAACGGCGAUUUAAUGUCUGAUAAAAGAGUUGGUGCUUCUGAUGAGGCUGUAAAACCCACCAACAAUUGUAGUAAUAAUCAAAGUAAUACAGUACCCUCAUCUACUGCUUGUGAGCAUAGCAGUCCUGUUAAUUUUAAAGGAGAAUCUGUAGACCAGAAUGUGAUGGGAACUUUGAGGAAUAUUGGGCAGUCCAUGCUUGAGCAUAUUCAGGUGAUUGAAUCUGCUUUCCAACAAGAGCAUGGUCAAGGAGCUUCAGUGGAUAAUAAUAUGUCUACAAAUGUUAUGAUUGGCAAAGGGCAGGUUACUGCCAUGUCAGCUCUCAAGGAGCUCCGCAAAAUUAGCAACCUUUUGUCUGAGAUGUGAGACGAACCUUAGGUUGACCUGUAUAUAUAUACUGUAUAUUCUUUGUAAUUUGUAAUUACGAUUCUUUAGCAGUGUUAAUGAUACAAGUGUCAUCUGCUUUACUUCUGCAGUUUAUGAAUAUAUCAAGUUUUGAAGAUGUUUAGAGGAAUCCAUAUGUACAUGUAUUUGUGUUACAUUACAUGAAGUGAAAUAAAUUAUGAUUCAUUCCUAUAA